AUGGGACGGAUGUGCCUGGCGCAGCAGCUGACAUCGAUCGGGCCAGGCUCGUUCUCCCUCUUCGAGGAAAACAAAUUGCGUGAAAUGAUCGAUUUGGCACAUGAAAACAGCGUUUAUGUUUCGACUGGUGGCUGGGCAGAACACCUCCUAACCCACCCAGAUAAUGCAUCGGUCCUCGAAAAAUAUUUUGCAAAGUGCAAAGAUCUUGGGUUCGAUGUGAUAGAGCUAUCGGCAGGCUUCCUUUCGUUUCCCGAUGAUGAUUGGCUGCGGCUCGUUGACAAAGUACAUUCGUAUGGACUUAAGGCCAAGCCGGAAUUGGGUAUACAAUUUGGAGCUGGGGGAGACACGUCCGCCGAAGAACUCGAAGCCAUUGGUACCAGCGAUCCAGGUAAACUAAUCAAUCUUGGCCGGAAGUUCCUCGACGCUGGAGUCGAGCGACUCAUGAUUGAGAGCGAAGGCAUCACAGAGAAUGUCAAAAGCUGGCGGACAGAUGUCGCCUCCGCAAUAAUGAAGGAAUUACCUCCGGAAAGGGUUAUGUUUGAAGCUGCGGAUCCAUCGGUAUUCAACUGGUAUGUACGCGAGUUCGGCGUCGACGUCAACCUUUUCGUGGACAACUCGCAGAUUGUGCAAUUGAGCUGCCUCCGCCGUGGCAUCUGGGGAACGGCUGAUACAUGGGGCAAGGUUGUUUCCUAUAGGCCCGAAUGA